UCCAGACAGCAAAGACGAGUUUUAAUUUUAUACUGUCUUCGAAAAUGUAGAAGCUUAAACGGCGUUUUUUCCAAGUUAUAUAAUCUAAAAUAAAAAUGUUUAAAAACUCGGAGGCCUUAGGGCGUGAAUAUUCAACAAUGUUUUACAGCUCAGUAUACAAUGGGUCAAAUGUGUUUGAUAUAAAACACUCUGAAAGUCAAGUUCAACAACAGAUAUAUAAUACAAAUCACAUAAGCUAUGUACCAACUUCAAAUACUCGAAUUGUUAAGAAACGAAACACAGCUAACAAAAAGGAAAGGAGGCGCACGCAAAGCAUAAACAACGCGUUUUCUUACCUUCGAGAAAAAAUUCCCAAUGUUCCCACAGAUACUAAAUUAUCAAAGAUAAAAACAUUGAAGUUGGCCAUUUUAUACAUAAACUACUUAGUUAAUGUUCUUGAAGGAGAUCAGGACCCAAAAGGCGGAUUUCGAGCAGAACUAAAGCCAGUCAGCCGAAAAAUUUGUAGUGAAAAGAAGAACUGCAUAAAGUCAGAAAUUCAAAAUGUCUCCAUGUCAACUAAGGGUCGUACAGGCUGGCCACAAGAUGUUUGGGCAUCGGAACUUAUUCCAGAACAUAAUUAGACUUCAGCAAUAAUUUUAAUUUAUACUUAUUUACAAUAAGAAAUCGAAAUAAUAAAUAUGAAAUACAUAUAAA